AUGUAUUAUUUGGCAACUCCUACCACUAUUGAGAAAUACACAUAAAAGAAUAUCUUCUAAGAUCCCAUAAUUGACAUUAUGAAGAAUAAAAGUCCUAUGUCUGAUAGAGAUUUAGUUGGUCCUAAGUUUUCUUUAAAGAAACUAUCAGAGAUGAAAACUUAAUCUUGUGAUUAGAGUUAGAUAUAGAAUGUUGAACCAUCUAGAUUUGAAAAGUUCUAUUAAUCAAUAAAACCUUAAUUAGGAUUAAUGAAGUUAGAAAAUAAAAUAAAAUAAUAAAGAGUCUUAAUUGAACCAAAAAAGAAGAAACCCAAUUAAAUAUAACCUGAAUUAAUUAAUAAAUAAGAUCUAUUAUAUCAAUUGAAGAUGAUGAAAUUAAAAAAUAGAAUUCGUUAAGAAUAAAAAUCUGAUUUAAUUGAUAAUAUGAAAAAGGAAGUUAAAAUGGUUGUUACUAAAGAUGAAAGAAUUCUCAAUCAAUUUUAAUAGUUAUAAUAAAAUAGGAUUGAUACAUCAUUAAUAUUAGGUAAUCGAACAGGUAGAAGCUUAGAUAAAACCUUAUAUUAGAGAUCAAAUGAUUUUCGAUAAAAAUAUGAAUUAAAUUUGGCAUUGAAUGAUCAUUUACUCUCAGAUAAGAGAGUAUGGUACCGUUAAAUAAGGAAAAAAUAGAACAGUUAUUAUGAGAAUAGAAAUCCUUAUUCUAUUGAUGAAAAACUAAAUUAUAUGGAUUCAACUUAAGUAGUUGCAGAUAUUUAUACAAAUUUCUCUACUCAUCAUACUCCAAAAUAACAAUAUACAGAAAUUAUAUAAGUCAAUUAAAAAAUUAACCAACCUUUAUAUAGUAAGAAGACUUAAGAUGAAUUAAAAAAGAAAUUGAAAGAAGUUAAUCCAGAUUCUCCUAUACUAUCUUUUGAUCCCAAAUAGGACAUUUCAUUAUAAGGAAUAAGUAAAUUUGAUAGAGAAUAUGAAUGUGUAUUAUAAGAUGAUGAUAAUCAAUUGUAUCAAAUAACAGACAAUUAAGAAAACAAAAAAUAAAGUUAAAAUGAAGAUAUCAUAAUUGCUAAUUGGAAUCUUAAAAAAAAAGGACAGACCUUUUAUCCUAAAUUAACUAAAUACAUAAUUUGA